GGAGGACCACAUGAGAGGGGGGGUGAGUUCUAUUCAUCUCAAAGCUCAAGGCCACUCAGACACUUCAAGAUAAUCUGACUGAUAUGACCCGCAAGUACCAUGAAUUGACAAAGGAGGUGGCUAAGGUGCGACAAGCCCAAGUGGCCAACCCUCUUCCUCUACCCCCUGGAUCUGAAGCUGCAAUUGAAACUACCUCUGCCCCUCUCACCGUAUCUGCUUCUACCUCUUCUUCGAGUGUGAUGGCAAGCCCCUCGGGACCUGCGGCAGGUGUAGAUUCCGCUGCUGUUGUGAUCAGCAGUAAGGCAGGGAAUUCUGCAACUGCUGCAGCCCCAAGAUCGGAACCAACUGUUGUUGGUCCCAGCUACGCCGGUCCCUAUGUGGACCGAAAGGCGGUACAAAUGUCGUCUAAGUACGACGGCUGGAUCGGCUCCAUGAGGGCCUACUUUGAGAUUCUGGGGACUCAACCUGAGACCCAGGCAGUGAUCAUGGGAAUGAAUGUCGAGCCAGUCGUACGGGGCUUCCUAGAAGUCCAAGCGACGCGGGCUGGGUUCCAAAAGGCUGCACUAGCCAAAUGGCUUAGGACCACCCCGGUUGCCUUCCUCGAGGAUCUCCUUAUCUCACAAUAUCAGGAUCCACAUGCUGCGGCUAGGGCAAGAAUCCAAUUUGACAAAGUCAAGUGCAGCAAGUGGACAGGCUCCAUAAAAAGCCUGCAAACCUAUCUUAGCAAGAUGUUUGCUACUCCUGGUUUGGAAUUGACUGCUUGGUCUUGCUUAGAUGUGGUUAAGGGCGCGGUUGCAACUAACUUCACUAAUCGCCUGGGCAGGGACUACAUUGCAUACACUGACUGGCUCACCUUAAUGAAGGACAUAGUCAGUUUGGAGGCUGUAGACCUCAUUAGCACGGCAGGCAGCAAAAAGCCCAUGGGCGGCAGACGGUUCAAGGGCAGCAACCGUUUUGUUGUGCAUGACCUGCUGGAGGCCGAAGAAGAAGCCGAUGCGGAUGACCCCACUCUUGGUGACGACCAAGAAAAGGACUCCGAUACAGCUUCUAACUUCAUGUCACCGCAUGGGAUACGCAAGGUGGGCUUGGGCAUGAAGCAAGUGGCCUUGCAGAACCCUUGUCGAACCCAAGUUGGCAACAAGGAAGUUGUCUCUUCCACGCAUGCAGUCAAAGGUGUGCGCACUACCUUUGACAAAGGCAAGACUGUCACCCACGCAUUGAACUUCUUUGUCCUCGACAAGUGCCCCUUCGACGCUGUCCUUGGCUUGGGCUGGCUGCAGUCCCAAUGCGAAUGGACCAAGUGGAAGGAGUCACUCUUCAUGGUCAAAGAUGCUCAGGGGAACGAGCUUCCUGUCCUCUUGGAUGAGAAGAACGAAUCCCCAGUGACCUUUCUGAAUGUUAUGCAGUUCUGCAAGAAAUGGUGCAAGCACAAGGAGGAAGAACAGUUGUAUGUUGCCUUUGUUCGUCCUACCCAUGUGCCAUCUACUUUUGCGGCUAAUACCACUACUACUUCGAUUAGUGAUCCUACUUCUAGUACUUCUACUUCUAGCACCUCUAUCGCUCUACCCUCUGCUGGUCCGAAUGAUUCUACUUCAGAUUCGGUCGUCUCUAUUCGCGACUUGCGACCGGAUCUAGGCGACCCCUUUGCUGAUCCCCCACCCCCACCGGUCCCACCAGACGAACAGAUUGGCCGGUUUGUGGUAGUGUACCUGGAUGAUAUUAUGAUCUUCAGCAAGUCCAUGGAGGAACACCUCAAGCAUCUUGAGGAGGUGCUCGCUAUCCUCAAGAAGACGCAACUCCAUCUCAAUUUGGAGAAACCCGAGUUUGGGAAGGAUAGCGUCAUCUAUCUUGGGCAUUGGUUGUCUGCUGCAGGCCUAGAGCCUGAGGCAACCAAGAUUGAGGUCAUACGCGAUUGGCCUCAGCCUGCGAACAUUCGCAAAUUGCGUUCUUUCCUUGGUCUCACAUCGUAUUAUCGGAAGUUUGUACCCCGUUUUUCUAUCAUUGCUCGUCCAUUGUCGCGACUAACCAGUAAAAAUGUGCCUUAUUCCUGGGAUGUUGCGUGUACGGAAGCUUUUCGAGCUCUCAAGGAAGCUUUGGUAAGUUACCCAGUACUCCGCAUUGCAGAUCCCAAACCGACGUUUGUAGUCACUACGGAUGCGAUCCAGUACGGAAUCAGCGCAGUGCUGCAGCAAGACGACGGCGAUGGCUUGCGGCCACUCGAGUACUACAGCAAACGCAUGCCCAACGUAAAGGUAGCCACUUCCACCUACAUGCGCGAGCUCUAUGCUUUGCGUAUGGCGUUGGACCACUGGAAACACUAUCUUUUGGGACGCCACUUCAAAGUCUUUUCAGAUCAUGAGACUUUGAAAUGUAUCAAACAGCAAACUACCCUGUCCCCUACCUUGCUUCGCUGGUUCCAUGAGAUUGACAUCUUCGAUUUUGAAUUAAGACACAAAAAGGGUUGUUAUAAUCGAGUCGCUGACGCAUUGUCUCGCCACCCUGAGUACAUGACUUGCCUUGUGAAAUCCUACGACCUCCGGAAGAAACUGAAGGAGGAGCUCGUAGAGCAGACAGCCAAGGAUCCGGAACUUAGUUCCAUCCUUGAGCGACUCCGGGCUGAUCCUAGUAGUCAGCCUGAUUUUCAUGAGUAUGGAGGACUGAUUUUUCGUCGCUACGGGAACCGCGACCGUUUGUGUGUGCCCAACCAUGAGCCUCUCCGCACACACUUUUUGGAUGUGGCUCAUGGCCGGAGCGGACACUUCGGCAUGGCAAAAACGUACACAAAUUUGCUGAGACAGUUUGAUUGGCCUGGCAUGAAAGGUACUGCUGAAAAGUUUGUGGCUGAAUGUCAAGUCUGUCAACGAAUCAAACCAUGUAGACAAAAGUCGAUGGGGCUACUCACACCCCUACCCAUUCCCGAUGGUCCCUGGGAGUCUGUCUCCAUCGACUUCACCGACAUGGGAAAGGUAAGUAAGAACGGCUACUCACAGGUCAUGGUGAUUGUUGACCGAUUCUCUAAGUUCCUCAAUCUGAUCCCUUUGCCGCCCCAUGCCCCAACAAAACUAGUGAUUCGUGAAUUCCAACAAAAGUACAUUCUGCAGUUCGGAACACCGAAGACUCUUGUGAGCGAUCGGGAUCCGCGCUUCAUUAGUACUAAGUGGAAGGACUUCACGUCUCAACUGGGGAUCAAACUGUGUUUGACACCCCGAAGCCAACGGUUUGGCUGAGGAGAUCAACCAGACUGUGUUCCAACUACUUCGCGCUUUGAUUAUCCCGGAUCAGGAAACAUGGGAUGAAAAGCUGUAUUCCGUU